AUGGGAAAUGUGACUCACACUGUUGUGGAAGAGUUCGUCAUACAGGGGCUGUCACAGAUCUGGGAAGUCCAGUUAUUUCUCUGUGCCCUUCUCCUGCUCUUCUACAUCAUCAUCUUGCCGAGCAACAUCCUCAUCAUUGUAACAAUUUGGAAUAGUCGUCACCUUCAAUCCCCUAUGUUUUUCUUCUUGGCCAACCUGGCCUUGCUUGACAUCUGCUACAGCUGUGUCACUCCUCCAAAGCUGAUGUUCAAUGCCUUCUCGGGCUACAGAACCAUCUCCUAUGUGAGUUGCAUCACACAACUUUUCUUCAUCCAUUUUCUGGGUGGGGCCGAGAUGUUCCUUCUCUUUGCCAUGGCAAUUGACCGGUAUAUCGCUAUCUGUCACCCAUUGCGUUAUGGCACAGUUGUGACCAGGGUGGUAUGCUGGGCUCUGGUGGUCAGUGCAUGGACUGGAGGGUUCAUACACUCCAUCCUCCAAGUCAGUCUCAUCAUUCUGCUCCCUUUCUGUGGUCCCAAUGAGUUGGACAACUUCUUCUGUGACAUCAACCAGAUCAUCAGGUUGGCUUGUACCAACACCUAUGCUCUACAGUACUUCAUGUUUGUGAACAGUGGCUUGGUCAUUACUGCAUGUUUCAUCCUUCUCCUCCUGUCAUACAGUGCACUGCUAAUGAAGAUCAGGAUGAGCUCUGGUCCAGGGAAAAGCAAAGCAUCCUCCACAUGCAUCACCCAUAUUAUCAUCACCUGCAUCAUGUUUGUUCCAGCCAUCUACCUCUAUUGCCAACCCUUCGUGGACUUCUCUUUUGACAAAGUGGUGGGCCUUUUCCACACCAUGGUCUUCCCCUUAACAAACCCCAUGAUCUACACACUGAGGAACAAAGAGAUCAAAGUUGCCAUCUGGAAACUACUGAAGAAAUAUGCCAUCUAG